CUCUGUCUCUCUCUGUCUACCAUGGUUUCACCGGACGUCGUCGAAAGCCUCAUCUCUGGCGUGAGAUUGUCGUCGGUUGGACCGGCGGCAGUAACCCCACCUGACCUGAUAUAUGAACCCAGUAACAUGGACUUGGCCAUGAAGCUUCACUACCUAAGAGGGGUUUAUUUCUUCAGUAGCAGCUCGGUGGAGGGGUUCACCAUCCCCAAGAUCAAGGAGACCAUGUUUCAGUGGCUGGAGCUUUACUACCACGCCUCAGGAAGGUUCAGGAGAUCAGAGUCAGGGCGGCCAUUCAUCAAAUGCAACGACUGUGGUGUCAGAUUCAUCGAGGCCAAGUGCAGCCAGACUCUUGAUGAGUGGUUGGAAAUCAAGGAUUUCUCUACCCACUGCCGUUUUGUCUCCAAUCAAGUCAUCGGUCCUGAGUUACCUUUCUCUCCAUUGGUUCUAUUGCAGAUUACAUGGUUCAAAUGUGGAGGAAUGGCAGUUGGGGUCAGUUGGGCCCAUGUCCUCGGGGAUGCAUUCUCAGCUUCAAAUUUCAUCAAUAUGUGGGGCCAAGUCCUGGCGGGUAACAAGCCCGAGCUUCCACCCUAUGUAUCCAGAUUAGAAAAAUCCGAAAAGCCACCAUCACUUGCCCAAGAGCCACUUUCAGUGAAACGGGUCGACCCGGUCGGAGACAAUUGGGUAGUUCCUGGAAACUGCAAAAUGGAGAUGCUAUCUUUCCGCCUAGCUGCCACACAGUUAGAUGGUUUACAGUCAAGGGUGUCGGGUCAAAAGCAGAAGAAUGAUCAAGCUCCACUGUUUGAAUGCAUCUGUGCUGUAAUCUGGCAAUCUUUAGCGAAGAUUAGAGAAGGACCCGAACCCAGAAUUGUGACCAUUUGCAGAAAGGAGCCUCAUAAUAGAGGGCGCCUGACUCUGAGCAAUAACCAGAUGAUAAGCGUGGCCAAGGCUGAUUUCUCUGUUGUGGAAGCCAAGCCCAAGGACUUGGUGGAAUUGAUUGCAAAACCAUCUGUCAAUGAGAACACCCAGAUUGAAAAAUUGGUGAAGAAAGAUCAAGGGCUGAUGGAUUUUGUGUUCUAUGGCGCCAACCUGACGUUUGUGGAUCUGGGAGGGAGUGAUCUUUACGGGUUGGAGUUGAAUAAAACAAAACCCGUUUUUGUGAAUUAUACUGUGGAUGGAGUGGGAGACGAAGGGGUCAUUUUUGUGCUUCCAGAGGCAAAAGUUGCCGGAGAAGAUGGUCGCGGAGGCCAGACUGUGACGUUGAUUUUGCCGGAGAAUCAGCUCAUGAAGCUGAAGGAUGAGCUCAAAAGAGAAUGGUCCAUUAAAUGAUAAAGAUGGAAGAAUUGCUUGUAUUAGGAACUAGACUUUCAGAUCCUUGUUUGCUUAUGUAUGUCUGCUUAUAUAUGUUGAUCUUUUAGGCAUAAUUUGCUAAAUGGUCCACUGCUUUUGAAGCUUAACAUUUUAAAAUGAAGUGCCCAACAUGAUGUCUUAAUGUGUUA